GAGGGCUUGUGGCGUGUACAUGAAAAAGUUAUAAAGGGAGAAUUAACAGAAGAUGAUCCUGAAUUUUAUACACCUUUGAAAGCUACCAAAAAUCAGACAACGAACGAUUUCUAUUAUGAUGAAGAAGCUUCGUCGAAUGGCUUAUAUACCGAGGUUGAUGAGGAUAAUAAAAAAUUAAAUCCCACCGCUACAAAUGUCGCUGAUGCAAAAUCUGAUCCAUUACCAUCCGCCACUGUUCCAAUUCUUCCGCCAGCGCAACUUUUUCGCAAGCUUCGAUGGACAACAUUAGGCUAUCAAUACCAUUGGCCUACUAAAACCUACCAUCUUGAUCGACGUUACCCAUUUCCCAAAGAUAUUAAUGACUUAACAACCGCGAUUGUCAAAUCAAUUUAUUCUCUUCAGUUAACUGACAAAAGUUUUGUGAAUAAUUAUCCAAUAGAAAGAUGGCGAGCUGAAGCUGGAGUAGUGAAUUAUUAUCAUUUACGGGAUAAUUUAAUGGGACAUGUUGAUCGAAGCGAGAUUAACAUGAAUGCACCAUUGGUGUCUAUUAGUCUCGGACAUACUUGUAUAUUUUUAAUGGGUGGAUCAACACGUGAUACUCCUCCAACUUCUAUGUAUUUAAAGAGCGGUGAUAUUAUAGUGAUGUGUCCUCCUUGUCGGAGUUGGUUUCAUGGCGUCCCAAGAAUAAUAGAAGGAACUCUACCUUCGUAUCUAUCUCCCUUUAACGAUGAUGAAGAUAAAGAGUGGCAUCUUUUCGGACAUCCCAUGAAGCCGCACAGAAUGCGUAUGGUUCACGAUUUAGUGUUGAACUAUGGAUUAGUCAAAAAAAUGGAAGUUAUUGUAUCCUUACUUUGCAAAAGCCCCGAUCGUGCUUCGAUUCGACAAUUGACGCGAUUUCACACCGACGAAUACAUUGAUUUUCUAAACAGAGUGACACCCGAAAAUGUGGAAGAGCUUUCACAGCAGCAAACAAGAUUUAAUGUAGGAGAAGAUUGUCCAAUAUUUGAAGGGUUAUUUGAAUUUUGCUCGAUAUCUGCUGGCGGUUCAAUAGGAGCUGCAAAUAAACUUAUAAGUGGAGAAUCCGACAUAGCGAUAAAUUGGUCAGGUGGACUUCAUCAUGCAAAACGAUUUGAAGCUUCUGGGUUUUGUUAUGUCAAUGAUAUUGUAUUAGCGAUUUUAGAAUUAUUAAGAUUUCAUCAACGCGUAUUAUAUAUCGAUAUUGAUAUACAUCAUGGCGAUGGCGUAGAAGAAGCAUUCUAUACUACUGAUAGAGUUCUCACAUGCUCUUUUCACAAAUUUGGACAAUUCUUCCCUGGUACAGGUGAUGUUGGGGAUACUGGAUAUGGAAAAGGAAAACACUAUGCAGUCAAUUUUCCAUUAAAAGAUGGCAUGGAUGACUGGAGUUAUCAGAAUGUAUUUCGACCGGUAGUACAACAUAUUAUUGACUGGUAUCGUCCUGGAGCCAUAGUAUUACAAUGUGGUGCAGAUUCAUUAGCAGGAGAUCGGUUAGGUUGCUUUAAUUUAUCGAUGAAAGGUCAUGCUUCCUGUGUUGAAUUCGUUAAAGGUUUCGAUUUACCAUUAUUGGUGGUUGGUGGUGGUGGAUACACUAUAAGAAAUGUCGCUCGAGUAUGGACUUAUGAGACUGGACUACUGCUAGGUGAACACCUGUCAGAAGAGUACAAAUUGGAUGUUCCCUCAAAUAAUAUGGAGAAUAUGAAUACUUCAGUUUAUCUUAACGAAAUGAGAGUUAAAGUGUUUGAAAAUUUGAGGCACAUACCAUUUGCACCUAGUGUUCAGAUGCAGGAGGUUCCAAGAAAUUAUGCAUCGGACAAUGAUGACUCUGAUGACGAAGAUCCUGAUAUUCGAAUUUCACAGCGAUUACGUGAUUCACAUAUCGUUCCUGAAACAGAGUUAUCAGACUCCGAGGAUGAAGGAAAUAGGCGAAAUGAACAUAGUUUUAUGACUCAUAGAAGUGAACAUUCAGCCAGAAAAGCUCGUAAUGGGACUUCGAAUUAUAUGGAUACUGAUUCAAUGUUCUUUUAA